CUGGAGGGGGUGAAGGUAAAGAGCUCAUCCAAAAACAAGAGGCCUUUUCUUCACUUGAUUCAGCAUCACCACCGCUCGGUUGCCAAGGCACCAGCCUUUGAUUCCUGCACUCUGGCUCUAACCACGGUGCCUGAGUGCUCCUGCCUGUGUCCCGGCGCUGCCCCGCAGCCGAGCCGUGUGGUGUCCCCAUGGUGCAGAGCCAUCUCCACCACCAAGCCGUGGUGGGCUCCUUCCAGGGCCCGAGACCAGGACCUGCCUUCCAGCUUGGUUUACCAAGGGCAAAAAAAGGAAAAGUGUAGGGCAAAAUAAUGUUUUGCAGCUGUGCAUAUGGGGCUGCUCAACCCGAAUCUCUGCUGGUCUCCUUGCUGAACUGAAAGCAGUGGUCAAGAAGCCCCUGAAGCGAUGGUGAUGCCACCCUAGACCAGCUGGGAGCAAAGCCGAGGUUGUUGCUCGCUCUCCUGCCUGCUCACUGCCUCUCCCACAGCUCCACUGCCUUCACCAGCUGAUGCACAUCUGCCUCAGAUACCCCAAAAUGCCUCAAAUAAAAGCAAAGUCAUUUCUAGCUGCCAAAGCCACUGCCCCGAGUCAACCAUCUUCCCUCCCGAGACGCCUGUCCAUACAUUGCUGCUAAAGCUUCCGACUUUUAAUACCUCCAAAUUCAAACUUUAUCGGUGGAAAAAGAUGUUUCUGCUUUUCGGUUUUACCAUCGGAAAAGAAACACUUCCUAAACUGAGGGAAAGGAGUGGAGAGAAGUGAGCCGGGAAGGCAAUGGGCAGUGCAUCCUGAUGCCUUUAAGUCACUAGAUGAAGUUCAUUUCUCCUUGUCUGAACAAGGCUGGACUCUUUGCAUUUUCAUGGUAAAUUUGUUUACCGAGCCGUUGUUGAAAUUCUGGGAGCAGAGAAAAUGCAUUUGCUCCAUAACCUUUCCGGAUCUGACAAGUCCUAUAAAAUCUAUUAAAGCCUUUAAUGAAAUCCCCGCACAGAGCCAGCUCCCAUGAAUGAAUGUGGAAUCGGAAUUUAAAUUAAAAUGUUGUUUUUGUAGUCUGUGGGCUUUAGCCUUGACAGAAAUUAAAGGGACAGCUCAUGUUUGGGAGUGUGCAGCCUUCUCCCUUUAGUUUUGAGCCUCCACGAGCCGCCUCUCUGUGCCGAGGGUGGGUGUUUGGAUCUCCUCUCGCUCAGAGUGACUCAGCUGCAAGAACCAAACCCCGUACGCUGCGUAAUUACAAUUAGAAAAGACUGAGUUGGUUAAGAGGCAGAACUGGCCUUUAAAUAGGAUGUGGAUCUCUCGUUAGCAAACACAGGGGUGCUGCGAGCACCCUGCCUCGUGCCUGUCCCUGCCGCCGGCCUGCGGGGACACUUGCAAGGCUGCAAGGAGCCUGGUGUAAAUCCAUGGGAUGUGCUUGGCUUUGCACACCCACGGCUUUAAUUUCCCUAUGUAAAUAAGGAGCUGCGCGUGCAGGGGGUGUGCAAGCAAUUAGGUGUUUUGAUCGUUUCUGCAUAGAGCAAAGCGACAAAUCCCCAGUGAAAUGUGGGUGCCUGAGACUAAAACAAGGGCUGUCCUCUGCCUUGCACACCACUGCUGUGCCCCUGGGGGCCCCAACUCCUUGCAAAUUUGCUGGACUUCCUGGUUUUGGCUUCCCGUGGACAGAUGCCACUAUCUGUCCCCACUGCCUCUUUGGGUGCCCGUGUAUCUGGAUGUGUGUUUUCCAACAAAAAAAGCGACAAAGUCUACAUGUCUUUCCCUACACAGGUUUGCCUCUUUCUGGCACAUUUUGGUUUUACUUAUUUGCUCACAAUUGCAUCUUUCCUAAGCACCAAAGGGCCUUCCCUAGGCACCAAAGGGGUUUUCAGCUGCUUGUUCCCUUCCUUUUCAUCACCUUGCUUCUGUUUGCCCUCGGGUUUCCUUGCAGAACUCACGCUGCAAAGCAAAGCUUUGGGGUCUGCCCCUUCAUUUCCCAGUCUGGGCACACAGCGGGCUCGAGCAGUCCUUCUGGAGAGGGUUCGGGGACGCUGCCUUACUCCACGUUACCCCCAUGAAAUAUUAAAUUCCUGCCCAGCCCAAAGGAAAAUAAAAGCCACCGAUAGCAGGGAACGGGUGGCUGCUUCCAGCACUGCGUCCACCCCCCAAACCCACUGUGUUCGAUAUCAGGCUGCACGGGCUCAGCGCAGGAUAUUAACUAUUAUGAACUGUGCAUUACAAGAAGGGCUGCAGAUCACAAAUAACUGCAUAAUAAACACAUGUAAACAGCCGUUUGGUUCAUGGCUGAUAAACUUUCAUAGUUCGUUUUAUCUCCAUGUAUGCAGAGGAAGGAGGGCUGGGGAAUCGGGACACUGCUGGCCAGCCGUGGACCAGUGCUCGCCCCUCUGCCCUGCCAGAGAUUUGGGUGCGAUCCUGACCCUUGCACCCAUUUUUUCCAUGCACCAGCUCCUCCUCUGCCUCCAAAGUGGGGCAGGAGACCGACGGCAAGGGAUGCUUCUGGUACGCUUAAUACUGCAGAAGCUUAAUUUCUCCGCAAGCAAUAGAGCAGCAGCUCCUCUCCCAAGGACGGCAAGCAACUGCUGCUUGAAAUAAAAUCUCUCUGGGGCAGAAGGAGAUUGAGAACACCCAUGGGCAAGGGGAUUUUCCUCGGCUUCAUCGGCAGCCCCACUCCUGCAGCAGGGCUGGGGUGGGAGGAGCAGCUCCAGAUGGGAGCAUCCUGGAAGGCAGGUGAAGGCACGAGGCUGUUCUCAGUGCAGGAAAGCAGGGAAACUCAUUAACGUAACAUGAAGGGAAACAGAAAAUGCUUCAAUUUGUUGGCAAAAUGGCAGGAGGAGGGAAGGAAAUGCUCUUUCCAUGUCAACAUGUUGCUGGAAGGAUGACGAAAAGUUUGUUUUGUUUUGGUGGCUGUCGAGCCUCUGCGUUUUUCUCCUCUUUCCUUUUUCCUUUAGCUCAGGUUAUUACAAAGCAAUCCAUG